AUGGCGCGGAGCACAACUAAGGACAACAGGACACGAGCAGGACGGGCAGGAUCACAGCCCAAAAAGAAGAGCAAACCAACUAUUUUCAAAUGCCCUUUUACUGAGCAAAAUGUCUACAUCGAAAGGGCAACGUUGGCUGAUUUGAAAUCUAAAUCAACGUACCAUUCGAAUGGGAAGAAAAGGCUGUGGAUAUUGAGCUCGUCCCAGCUUCGUCAUGAACUAUAUGCUGAUGCAGCACAAGCUAUUGCAAGUCGUGAACAAGCUCUACUUCCAAGUUUCGGUGGUCGGUCUUGGGAGGUGACUUGCUGUAUGAGUGAGGAAAAUAGCAACACCCUUUUUCGAGCGUGGAAAGGCAAGAUGGAAUUAGCUGUCUUACCACAUGUGAUGGAAAAGAUUCCAGAUCCCCCGCGAUGGCCGGGAAGAAAAAGCCAGCAAUUGGAUGAAUACUUCGAGAAUGAUGACGAUCAAAGUAUUGUCAACUUACAAUCGAGAGAAGUAUCAACUUUAAGCUCGGUUGCCUGGGACUUGAAGCAUUUGUAUCCUGUGCCAGUUGUUAGCACAAAAUGGCUCUCUCCAUGUCGUAAAAAUUUUACAUCUCGCAAGAUGGCCUGGGAUCAUGCGACAGAGCUUGCCAAAAAAGAAAUAUUGAUCGACAAACACAUUUUGGGCAUCGGCGCAACGGGGAAGUUGCUCCAACCAACAAUACCCUCGGCACCCAUGGCCUUGAAGAUUGGCAAGCUAAGAUUUGAAAGGGAUGGACUAUGGGUUGUAAAUCAAGAGUUGACAUGGCAAGAAGAUCGCCAGGUGGUCCUGGAAGAAGAACAAGCAGAAGAUGAGGCGAGAAAAGAAACGGCUGGCAAAAAAAGCAAGAGAGAAAAGAAAAGAAAUUCAGCUGGAAAUAACCAUGGGUCGGGCCAGCAAGAGAUAGAAAUAGAUAGCAAACAAGUUUAUGGAUGGAAUUCUAAGAAAGCGAUGAAAACAGCCCCCCUCUCCUAUGGGGCCAGAAAACUUGAAUACCGCGAAGAGAAGCAAAAUGGUUUGGUCGGAACGAAACUUACCUUGAAACAGGCCAAAUCCGAGCUACGAGAGCUAUGGAAGACACUCUCUGAAAAUGAGCAAACGCACUGGAAAGAAAGACUUUCCUCUUCGCUUGCAUGUGAAGGAAUGUCAACGGAAAGCUCGGGGGAGUCCUGCGUCGAGGAUAUCAAACAAGGAGAAGGUGAUGUAGAAAACAGCAAUCACAAGAAAAGUAACUCUUCGAGCAAAAAUUGUGCAACGGAAAUUCGUGUCCCGCAUAUCUCUGCCACCAGUCAGUAUUUGGCAACAUUGAAAUCCCUUACUCCUUCUAAUAUGACACCGGAACCACAAGUUGCUGUCCCAAAAGGUGUGGAAGAAAAAAAUGGAGAAAAGUCGGUAACUGCGUCUCAGCUUCGAGUAUUGCAUCGGAGCAGUGAGGUCAAUUCUGUAACCACUUUGCAGACGCCGCAAGACAGCAACGAAAAAAAGAACGCAGAUGGUUCGAUUCGACCAAACGAAGCAGCAACGAAUGAAGGUAGUGUAAGACCGGUGGAAAGUGCAAAGGCCAGGGAUCAAAACAACAAAACCUCAUCGAUUGUUCAAGUAAGUACUCGACAAAGCCGGGGUCGUCAACGCUCCUCUCGCCGCAAACACCCAACCGACAAGGCGAAGCAGCGCUGGUGCCUUAACGACGAGCAAAUGGAGCUCUGCUACACUUCAUGCAUGAGCCACUAUGAAGAUGUUAUGAGAACUGUAAAGGCAAGGGAUCUAGCUAGAGAGCUUGCCGAUGGGUUUGACGUUCUUAGGGAGCGAGGAAGAGGUAGAUUCGACAUGGAAUUACCGGCAUUCGAUACAGAGGCGUUCUCAUUCUUGAUCGAUCUGCAGAAGGCUCCUUGGAUGCCAAUUGUCAAAUGUAUUCUGGGAGAAGAGGUAUCUCUCAUCCAUAAAGGAUGCUUCUUGUCUUUGCCCGAUGCAGAGACUCAGGUAUAUCAUCAAGAUGGUGUCCAUCUGAACAGCCAAACUCAAAAGCCCUGCCACGCAAUCAACGUGUUUGUGCCGCUAGUAGAUCUCACACCCAGGAAUGGACCGACUGAAUUCUGCCUUGGGAGUCACAUAUUAGGAAACGAGGGAUUCGACAAAGACUUUGUCGAAAUACCCAAACCGACAGCUGGCACACCUGUUAUUUUUGAUUAUAGAUUGGGUCAUCGAGGCUUGGGGAAUUCCAGCUCAAAGUGCAGGCCCAUUGUCUAUUGUACGUAUGCACGAGGAGCCGUGGAUGGCAAAGAGUUCCGAGAUAGCGUAAAUUUUUCGAAACGAAGGUAUCACAAGAUUGGAGAGUUGACGCAAAAGCCAUUGUCGCGAGAGGAACGUAGAUUGAACCGCAAACGAUCCUUAGAGAGUAGACAAAUUAAAGCUGAGGCAAAGAAGAUCGCAAAACUGGAGCAACAACAGACACUCGCGAAAGGAAAAGAGAAUGAAGUGGAAAAGCAGAAUUUUGUUAAAUCUUCUGUUGUGUCGAGGCCACAAAAUUUCGACUUUCCGACCGACCAGAACGAGUGGCAAGCCAAUGUGGCUAUUGAGAAAAUUUACUCCUCUGAAGGAAAAAAGACUGCUGAACCAUGUCAUUUGCCUCCUCCAGUGACAACUGGAGACAACCAAUCUGAUUGA